AUGAAGAAACCCUUUGGGAGUCCUGGGAAAGCGAGUGGUCUGAUAUUAAGGAUAGGACAGUGCUUAUUUUCAACAGCUUCAAUUGGAGUGAUGACCUCUGCCUCUGGCUUUUCUACUGUUACUGCGUUUUGCUACUUAAUUGCAUCAAUGGGGCUUCAGGUUUUGUGGAGUUUUGCACUUGCCUGCCUCGACAUGCAUGCUUUGAGGUUCAACAAAGACCUGCAUAAUCAUAUCAUUAUGAGCCUGUUCGUCGUUGGUGACUGGGUAAUAGCAACUCUAUCCCUUGCGGCUGCAUGCUCCUCUGCUGGUGUCAUGGUUUUGUUUACUAAAGACACAGUGAUGUGUAAAGCAUAUACCAAAUUCUCUUGCAAUUUGUUCCCAAUUUCAAUAGCAUUUGCUUUCGUCUCCUGGUCAGUAGUUGCCUCGACUCUUCGACUUUGUAGUGAUUGCACAGUUUGCAAGAAUGGGAGAGAGAUAAAUACUAAGAAGCUUGUGGAACUUUAUCGAAUUCCUCUAACUAUAGUAAAUGAUGCAGUUCAAGAAUAUCCCAGAUUCUGCACAAUAGCUCGUCACCGCUCUAUAAAUAGUCCUACCUCUUCAUCUCCUUCGUCAUAUUCUCAUAACCAGCAAAAGCAAGCACAGUUCUCACUGAUUUCUCAGCAACUGGGCUUCCCCUUCUCGAGCACUUUAGCCAACGUUCCAAGUUCAUCUCGCGAAACCGCAGCCCUUGCCAACACUCGCAUAGACUGGAAAGAGACUCCAGAGGCUCACAUCUUCAAGGCUGAUCUUCCUGGGCUCAAGAAGGAGGAAGUAAAAGUGGAGGUAGAAGAUGGUAGAAUUCUGCAAAUUAGCGGUGAGCGAAGCAAAGAGCAUGAGGAGAAAACCGACAAAUGGCACCGCGUUGAGAGAAGCAGCGGCAAAUUUCUGCGCCGGUUCAGGCUGCCGGAGAAUGCGAAUAUGGAUCAAGUCAAGGCUAGCAUGGAGAAUGGAGUGCUCACUGUCGUCGUGCCCAAAGAGGAAGAGAAAAAUGCUGAGGUUAAGGCAAUUGAAAUCUGUGGUUAA